AUGGCUAAUGUCUUAGGCUCAAUGCACACACAAAGCCUACAACUCUCAGUCCUCACUCCUCACAUUGCUAAACCUCUUGCUGGGAAGAAGCUUUGCAAGCGAACCCUAAAACUUGUUCAUAGAGCUGCCGAACACAAAUGCUUGAAAAGAGGAGUGAAGGAGGUCGUUAAAAGUAUAAGGAGAGGUCAUAAAGGAUUGUGUGUGAUUGCUGGGAACAUAUCACCAAUUGAUGUCAUCACUCAUGUUCCCAUUCUUUGUGAAGAGUCAGACAUUCCUUAUAUUUAUGUCUCAUCUAAAGAAAACCAUGGCUACUCCACCUGCCUCGCCUCUUCCUCCUCCUCCUCCUCCUGCAGUAGCAUUAGAGUCUCCGUCUACCUUGAAGCGGACACACAAAGCCACACGGCUAUGAUCCUUGGCCACUAG